UCCCUCUGUCGGGUGGUACAGUGAACUCCCUGGUGUUUUCUUAGCAUUGGCGUUCUACUCCUAGUUUGUUCCACCCUCUCAUCAUUGACUGCUAACUCGUCCGCUUCUCUCCUCCGCCCGGCUUCAUCUUCCUAGUGACACCCUAGUAUCAGGAGAAAAAGCAUGGCGAAACGCGUGGUGAUUGCGGGUGGCGGCAUCGCGGGGUCCCUGGUCGCAAAGCUGAUUGAGAAAGACGCCGAUGUGACGCUCAUUGAUAGCAAGGACUACAUGGAAGUGCGGUGGGCUACGGUGCGAGCCUUCGUGGAACCCGCGCUGGCGGAAAAGAUCGUCAUUCCGCACUCGGCGUACCUGCACAAGGCCAAGGUGGUCACCGGACUCAUUAGUGGCCUCACUUUCACCGCCAAACCCGCCGCACCAGCCGCUGGGGCGAAGGAAGAAGUCAAGGAAGAGAAGAAAGAGGCGGUGACUGAAGAGACGAAGGAAGAGGGUAAGGAAGAGGGUAAGGAAAAGGCUAAGGAGGAAACUACGGAGGAAAUUAAGGAGGAGGCUAAAGAGGAGGUUAAGGAAGAGGCUAAGGAAGAGGCUAAGGAGGAGGCUAAGGAGGAGGCUAAGGAGGAGGCUAAGGAGGAGGCUAAGGAGGAGGCUAAGGAGGAGGCUAAGGAGGAGGCUAAGGAGGAGGCUAAGGAGGAGGCUAAGGAGGAGGCUAAGGAGGAGGCGAAGGAGGAGGCGCAGGAGGAGGCGAAGGAGGAGGCGAAGGAGGAGGCGAAGGAGGAGGCGAAGGAGGAGGCGAAGGAGGAGGCGAAGGAGGAGGCGAAGGAGGAGGCGAAGGAGGAGGCGAAGGAGGAGGCGAAGGAGGAGGCGAAGGAGGAGGCGACGGAGGAGGCGAAGGAGGGGGCGACGGAGGAGGCGACGGAGGGGGCGACGGAGGAGGCGACGGAGGGGGCGACGGAGGAGGCGAAGGAGGAGCCGACGGAGGAGGCGAAGGAGGAGGCGAAGGAGGAAGCAGUGACUGCUGAUGCAGGCGCGGAGGAGAGUGGGAAGGGCGAGGCGACGGCGGAGGAAGAGAAUAAGGAAGAGGAGGGGGAGAGGAAGGAGGAAAAGAAGGAGAGUCCGAAGGCGGAGGGUGGCGGUAGCGAGGGCGCCAAACCGGCUGCGGCGGCCGGCGAGGUGCUGCUGGCGGACGGCACGGCGGUGCCGUUCGAUCUGCUCGUGGUAUGCACGGGGUCCGAGCCUUACACCAUCGCCACCAGGGACGACUGCCUCAAGUUCUACGCGCAUGAGCACGAGAAGCUGAAGAAGGCGGCGAGCGUGCUGGUGGUGGGCGGAGGGCCGGCGGGCGUGGAGCUGGCGGGGGAGAUUCUCACGGACAUGCCGGGGAAGAAGAUCACGGUGGCGCACGCGGGCGCGCGCGUGUGCGAGUUCUUGAAGCCCAGGGGCAGCGAGAAGAUCCAGGCGUGGCUCAAGGCGCAGGGCGUGGACGUGCUGCUCAACGACCGCGUCGAGGCCUCCUGGGACCAAUUUGGCAGCAGUGGCACGUUCACAACGGCGUCAGGCAAGGAGGUGGCUGCAGACUAUGUGGCCAUUGCAGUGGGCACCCGCCCUUGCACAUCCUGGCUCGCAGACGCGCUGGGCCCAGCAGUGGAGAAUGGGCGUGUGAAGGUGGACUCACACCUGCUUGUGGAGGGCCACGACAAUGUGUUCGCCAUUGGAGACAUCACCAACAUCAAGGAGAACAAGCAAGGUUACUUCGCCCAGGAGCAUGCCCGUGUGGUGGCAUCGAACCUCCGCAAAGUGCUCAAGAGCAAUGGCAAGGCCACCGGGUUCAAGUCGUACGCUCCGGGCGCAGAUAUUGCCAUAGUUUCUUUGGGCCGGAAGCAGGGACUGGCACAGCUGCCCUUUGGCACCUUCAUGGGGUGGGUGCCCACCAACAUGAAGAGCAAGGGGCUCUUUGUCAACAAGAUUCGGGCUGAACUUGGAGUCAAGUAGAAAUGGUUUUAAUGGUUAAAAUAGAUUUGAUUUUCUUUAUUCGGUUAGUUGUUUGCGCUAGAACAUGCAUGUAGCUUGUAGUUUAUGUAGAUAGGGUAGGAUAAAUAGUGUGUUUUUUAUCAUUUAUAGUAUAAUUCUGUUUCGUGUAAC